AUGCCGAAUAACAAAAUGUCCAACUUGGCGAUUGGUCGGCGUAUACGCGAGGACAUCACGUCAAAAGCCUCACAACUCGUACCACAGCUCGUUGUGCGCCCAACGAGUCAUAAAGGCGAGACUUUGCAAGUGGCAAUGGGUGGUACCGCUAUUGAACGUUCUUUGGUCAACGUGGGCUCUGUUGCAGUGUACCUCGUAAAACCUGUGAUCUCGACUGACAAUAAACUUGGGAAAAAAGCGACAAUUUUUGCCAUACAUGUGCAGAACGCCAUAUCCGGUCGCAGUUGGGUGGUACAUCGUCGCUACUCGGACUUCAUGAUGUUACGCGGUCUCGUAACUGAACAUUUUAAGCUCUUUGGCGAUGAAUUUCCACGUAUCGCCAGCUUAGUAGACGAUCUCUACUUUCCCAAAAAGCAUAAAUUUCGCUAUAAAAUGGGUAAAGUAGUCGAGCACCGUUGCGAUGCUUUUCUAGAGUAUCUCAUGGGAUUACAUCGUCUUCUUAUCAGCCAGAACUACCUUGUGCGUCGUGACAUCAGUCCUAUUGGAAUUUCUAUUUUACGUGGAUUCUUAGGCAGCGCUCUUGUGCACGAUCCCAGCCACAAGGCUUACAGCUUCCAUAAGCCUAUUUCGCCAAUUGAGCUCCACCCUGCGGAUCGUACUCCAAUCAAUCAAUGUGGAUCUUUGACUACAGUGCUUGAAGACGACGCCGAGUAUGUUGUUGAGAUCGAAGACGUCGAACCCGAAACAGAGUUGGAUGUUGUUUCGACUGAAAGCACAGACGAUUCACUUUCUGAUGAAUUGAGUGAGAGCGAUGAUACUGAAGAGGAUAUGAAGCGUAUUUUAGAAAUCGUAGACCGCCGACGCUCCCACAAAUACGCACGCAAUCGCCGCGUGCUACAUUUUCUUCGUAAAGACGUCGUGUCGGAGAGUCCAGUGGUCACAGAUCCGGUUUUAGACUCAGAGGAUAUUCCUCUGAGUACACCUCGCCCGCGAACUCGCGUCCACACCGAAAACAUGUAUGUGCGCUCUUCUGAGAUGGUCCGACCAUUCGAGGCAGUCGUGGCCUCGAAGCCGGUGUGGGCUUAA